UAUUCUAAUCAUCACUCCACCAUUCCCCAAUUUUUUAAUCCCUAAUUCAUUCAUAUAUAUACAUGUAAACUCACUGCCCAAUCCAAACCACUUCUUCAUCUCAAAAUCCAGUUCAGACGCAUAUACAUACACAAUACAUACAGACAUGGUGAGGACUCCAUGCUGUGAGAAAAUGGGGCUGAAGAAAGGUCCCUGGACCUCCGAAGAAGACAACAUUCUCGUCAAUUACAUCGCCCGCAACGGCCACGGCAAUUGGCGGGCACUUCCCAAACGCGCCGGCCUGAUGAGGUGCGGCAAGAGCUGCCGUCUCCGGUGGAUGAACUACCUCCGGCCGGACAUCAAGCGAGGCAAUUUCACCUCUAACGAGGAGGAAACCAUCCUCAGAUUACACGCAGAGCUCGGAAACAAAUGGUCGGUAAUCGCUGCCCGGCUGCCUGGCCGGACCGACAACGAGAUAAAGAACGUGUGGCACACGCACCUGAAGAAGAGGCUCAGGCUCAACAGCGGAGCAUCCAGACCCGUGCCCGAACCCGGAUUCGGGACCCAAAUGCCCUGCCCGGGUCAGCUCAAUUCGCCGGCGCCAUCAUCCAGCGGCGACGACGCCUCCUCUGGUUCCACCGCCGCCGGCGCCGCCAGCUCCGACGACUUCGAGGAGACGACGAGGCUUCUGAGCGAUUGGUGGGAGGACAUUCCGGGGAGCGAGUGGAGUGGUUUCUCCGGCGAAUCGGAGGUUGAGUACGGGAAUUGGUUGGAUUCGGAGAUGGGAGGGAACGGGUUUUGGGAAGAUCUGUUUGCCAAUAAUAAUAAUAAUAAUAAUUAUUAUUAUUAUAAUAAUAGUUGUAACGGUUUAGAGGAGGAGUUCAUUGACUUUGAAUUACCACAAAUUUGGUAAUUAAAUUAAUCAAUUAAUUUUCCUCUGAUUUUUGUGUGAGGUUUUUUGGGACAAAUCUGAGU